UUAUAAUUUAACAUUACGCAGAACAAAAAAAAGUGGCUUGCUAGUCGUUUUAUCUUCACGAAAUUAGAUUUCUAUAAUAAGUGCUAUAACGUGCUGCCGUCUUAUUUUAUACAUUAGCCACCAGUAUUUGACUUAAUCUAUUAGAAAAAAAAAAUCGCGAUUUCUCUUCGAUAAUUUCGCGCGGAUUACCCAAACUUGUGCACGUGUACAGAUUUAUUAUUGAGUUUAGCAUCGAACGGGACCUUGAACGACGACGAUAUAAUAGAUUGAACAGGAUCAUUAUAAAGUAGAACCCUCUCUCCCGUAUCCUGUGGUAUACCUCGUACUUUUUGCUCUUGUGCUCGCUUUCGGGCAAUUACUACGUCAUAGCAUACUAAUAACUAAUUAGCCGAGAUAAUGACGGGACAAUAGGCGGCAGGCAUGAUGGAUGGGAAGUGCUUAGUUCGACGAUAAAUGCUUGCUCCCCUGGCCUACAUUUAAUGUUUCCACAAUGAACAACUCCCUUGUGUGCGUCGACGAAGCAAGAGGAAUUAUUUUUCUACAUAUAUGGCGGAAUCAAUCGCAUCUUCGGUUAUUAUUCAUUCUUCUUUCGUUUCACAAUCAUUUCAUUCAUGCUAUCUCUUGUAGAUUAAGUGUUUCUCAUAUAGUAUGCGCUAUCAAUUGUGCGCUAUCAUUUUGUUGAUACGAAAAAUAUUUGUUAAGAGACGUCCUCGUAACAUAUCUCUCUAUUAAAGUUGCUAUCAAAUCAAAAUACAAAAAAAUCCUUUGAUUUCAUGUUCAAAUAAUGUAACUGGAUCCUCGAAAGGAUCAUAGACUGUUGAUCGAUCUCGACACUCAAUCGAUCACAAUAAAAUCAAUGUCAACGUGGUGGGGUGAUCUAUUUGAGGAAACGCGGCGACGCAAACAUCGUGCAACAAGAAUCAGUCAGCGAGGUGAGUCGUGGCGAAAGGUGAAACAUCGUUAUAAAAAGAAAUAGAGACAGAUAGAUGGCGGCGGAUGAUCCCCUUUGCUGGGAACCAUUGGUAUCCGUCGAAUUCGAAGUUUUUGGGAAGGUACAGGGCGUUUAUUUUCCAAAGUACGUGAGGGACAUAUGUAUGCAAUUGGGAAUUUGCGGUUGGGUGAAAAACAGUAAAACUGGCACAAUCCUCGGGAAGAUGCAAGGAUCUCGGGCGCUCGUCGAUCAGAUGGCACAGUGGUUAACGUCAGUGGGCAGUCCGGGUAGCGAGAUACAUCAUUGUGAAUUUACAAAUUGGGAAACCAUCACGAAGCAGCAAUAUCAAGGUUUCGUGAUUCGUUUUUAAAAACAUAACACAUAAUUAAUGUAUAAUAUUUAAAAAGUAUACCUCAAAUGCAAGCAAUUGAUUUGCAUGUAGCAAACAGAGUAUACUCAAAAUUCCACUGAUAUUGAGAAUAAUAGAUUACUAGUUUAUAUAUGAUGUAAUGAUAAGAAACGUAAUAUUUAAUGUAUUCCUAAUAUAUAUA